UUCGUUACUUUAGUGACAGCAUUGUUUUGAUGCUGUCAAAUGUCAAAAACUUGCAGAAAUGGCGCAGUGGAACAAUGAUACGGGUAUUUUGCGUAAAAAUAAGCCAAAGGAGAACCAUGAGGAACUUCUCGUGUUUGGUUACGCUUGUAAAUUGUUCAGGGACGAUGAAAGGGCGCAACACAUUGACCAGGGGAAGCACCUUAUACCCUGGAUGGGGGAUGAAAAGUUGAAAAUUGAUAGGUAUGACUGUAGGGGGGCUUUAAGCGAUUUAAAGAGGUAUGAAGCAAGUAGGGAAGGUUUUGAUGCCCGUAGAUGGCUUGGGUUAAGUGAUUCAGAUCGUAAGUUGGAAGAGCUAUGCGACAAAGAAAGAUACUACUCUUUGCUAAUUAAUGAGGAGGAAGAAGAAAUGUAUAAAGAAGAAGAAGCCAAAAGACAAAAAACCAAUGCAAUUCAGUAUUCUUAUGAUGUACCGAUGGAACCAAAAUCCCAGGAUGUACCAAAUGUGCCUGAAGAAGAAGAAGAAUAUGUGCCCUUACCAUCCCUAGACGUGCCUGUAGAUAUCAAUAUUCCUAAAACUGUAAAGGAAUACGCAAGAAUAGAAAAGACUGCGAAAUUUGUGUGCAAACAAGGUCUCCAAAUGGAGAUUCUUAUAAAAGCAAAACAAGCAGAUAACCCCCAGUUUGGUUUUUUAAAUCAAGGCGAUAGUUUGUACAAGUUUUAUAGACACGUUUGUUCUGCCUUUAAAAGUGGAAGGUAUGAGGGGAUGACACAUAAGACUGAAGAAAAAGAAGAGUCCCAGGGAGAUUCCGGUGGCCACUACCUGCAUCCCAGUCUAAUAGCUUCAAAAACACAACCGGAGCCGCCGUUGCCAGCGCCGCCUGCGAUUCCAUACAAGCCGUCGGCAAAUUGCGCAUACUCGCAAUUGGUGAACCGCAUACAGGGCAACGAUCCGGCAACAGCGCCUCCCCUUCCGCCAGCUGCAGCUGCGGACCAGAAGCCGUCCGCGCAGAUGCAAAGCUUCGCGCAGCUGCCCUACGAGCAGCAGCAGUACUAUCAGUACUACUACACGUCGCAGUACUACGAGUACUAUAAGCAGCUCGCGCAGUACCAGCAAACUUGCGGCGAGAACUCAGGUCAAACGGUGUCGCCUCCGGACUUUCAGCUGGACCCAAGCAUGCAAUCCUACUUCCAGCAACUCGCCUACACCCAAUACAUGCAACACCAUCAACAACAGCAGCAGCAGCAACAAAACAGCAACAACUCGUACGCGCAGAUCGUAUCCAACGUCAACAAAGACAACCCGUACAGCGCGAGCGUCCCCACUCUACCUCCGAACGUCGUCAAAUCUUCUGAACCGAUCGAGGUUAAAGUAGAACCGGCAACAGCGGAAGUCGUGUUGAAGAAACCGCUGCUCUCCCUGGCUGCCUACGGUAGCGAUUCGGAGGAAGACGACGAGGCGGAAGUUAAAGAGAAAGAGACUUUUACAAUACCCGGCGGUGAAACGCAGAUAGUGAUCGACAAGAUGGCGGCUUACGUGUCCAAAAACGGCGAGCAAUUUGAAGACAUCGUAAAAGCCAAGGGGGAUCCCAGGUUCGAGUUUUUGAACGACUCGCACGAGCACAACAAGUACUACAGAAGCAAAAUAAGAGAGCUGAAAGGAGAGACCGUUGUCAAAGAAGUUAAAGUGGAGAAAGUAACGGAAGAAGACAAAAACGAAGAUAAAGAGAAAGAGAAACCUGUGGUGGUAAAGGAAGAAAAGGAAAAGGAAAAAGAAAAGAAGAAAGUUAUAGCACCGGUGUGUUUCUCAAUCAAAAAGCCGAAAGAAGAACCCGCCAAAGAAAUCAAAAGCGCGCUUCCAGUGGAAGAAAGCGACGAUGAGGAAGAACAGCAAGAAAAAGAAGAAACGCCGCCACAAAUCGACGUUGAAAAACCUACAGAAGAUAAACCACAAGUUACCGAGGAAACCCUGGAAACCCCUCAAUGUAAAAACGGCAUAAUCGAUGUUGACGAUCCCAUUCUGGAAAUGAUCGAUUUGACUUUCGAUGCAGAGGACAGAAGGGACGCAAAGCGAGCAGAAGACCGCAUAAAAGACAAAAUAGCUUCAGCCGCGCGCGAGAAAUUGGCCUCAGCUACGAAGGACAAAGCCUUGCAAAUGGAGCGGAAAAAAAAGGCGGCUCUAUUCUUGAAGAUGAAGUCUGCUCAGAUCUCCGAAGAAAACAAACCCACACAAACCGCGGAAAAGGAUAAAAAAGUGGAGCAAAAAUCAUCCGAUAAGGAAAAAAGAUCCAUGGAUAAACCGAGAAAAUCCUCGGAUAGGGAUAAGAGGAGAACCGAGGAGAAAAGCAGAAGUCGCGAGAAGGAGAGGAAAGGGAGGAGCCCGAAAAAGGACCCCAAUGUGAUUGUAGAAGGGGAAAGUGAAGACUGCAAAAGAAGGAAAAGUUUGAAGAAGAAGAAAUCGCAUAAAAGAAAAAGAUCAAAAUCGAAAUCCAGAAAAAAAUCGAAAAGAAAACACAAAAGAUCUAGUUCCUGUUCUUCCGAUUCAAGCUGA